UAUCGCAGACGUCACAGCCUGCCGUUGAUCCAGUUCAGUUAAGAUCAGAUGAGCCGUUGGUUCCCUCCCGUGGUAAACUGAACUAAAUCCGGCAGUUUGACCCGGGACAGCCCGCCUCGCAGUCUGAACCGGGACACUUUCUAUUUUUGCUUAACUCUGAAUAACCACCAUAACCAGCCGGGGCGGAGAGAGAGAGCCGCCGUUAAGUAACGUCCGUGACGUCGGUCCGCCCGGACCGCCACUCCGCUGAGCUCACUACCACGCUGUGUUUCAGGAGGCUCGUCAUCGGUGUUUACUGGGUGAUCGAUUGAUCCGAUCGGAACCUAAUCGUGGGGUCGCGAAGUGUGUGAUGAUGGAGAGGAAGAGGACGGACUGUCCCGCUCUGCCGCCCGGCUGGAAGAAGGAAGAAGUAAUCAGGAAGUCCGGACUGAGCGCCGGGAAGAGCGACGUCUACUACUACAGUCCAUCAGGAAAGAAGUUCAGAAGUAAACCUCAGUUGUCCCGUUACCUUGGAAACACAGUGGAUUUGGGAUGUUUCGACUUUCGGACAGGGAAGAUGAUGCCUGGAAAACUGCAGAAGAACAAACAGAGACUCCGACAUGACCCACUCAGCUUGGCCAAGGGAGGUAAACCAGACCUGAACACAGCUCUGCCAAUCAGACAGACAGCGUCCAUCUUUAAACAGCCUGUUACCAAGGUUACGAGUCACCCCGGCAACAAGGUGAAGACAGACCCACAGAGAGCAACGGAGCAGCCCAGGCAGCUGUUUUGGGAGAGGAGAUUGAAAGAUCUGCGUUCAUCAGACGUCACAGAGGAAGUACUUCGGACCAUGGACCUGCCCAAAGGACUGCAGAGUGUUGGUCCAGACUCCAGCAAUGAAACUCUGCUCUCAGCCAUCGCAAGUGCUCUGCACAUGAGCUCUGCUCCAAUCACAGGACAGACGACUGUAGCUGCUGAAAAGAACCCAGCCAUCUGGCUGAACACGUCCCAGCCACUCUGCAAGGCCUUCACCAUCACUGACGAGCACAUCCGAGAACAAGAGCUGGAAGUUUACCAGGCCAGGAGGAGUCUGGAGGAGGCGUUGACGGCUGAUAGUUUGGCGCGGGCCACUGAAAAUACUCGAGAGCUGCCGGAGGGAAAAAUAGCCUGAAGAUGGACAGGUGAGAUAGAAUCCCUCUGUUUACCAGCCUCAGGUUUAUCAUCAUCUUCAUCCUAAUACAGACAACAAAUCAAAAAACAGACCACCCAAAGAUUGAAGACUCAUAGAGCGACUGCUUCAGCCUUCCUCUUUCAUGAUGAAAUAACACUGAACAUCUUUCUACAUCUGGAAACUAAAGCGAAUUUCCAGAGCAACAGCAGCAGCAAUGGGAGCAGCAACCACAGCAAUAAUGGCAUCAGCAAUGACAAAAACACCAGCAACAACUCCAAUAUGACAGCAAACAACUGCAGCAGCAACAAAACCUGCAACAUGGGAACACGGGGAGCAACAGCAGCUGUAAGAGCAUCUACCAUGGAAAAGUAACAACCGAAGCCGUUUCUCCUCUCUGUGAUUUAUCUACAACGCGCACUUAUCUUGUCUCACUUUUCUUUUUAACAUAAAGGUCAUAAAAUAUGAUAAAAAAAAUAAAUAAGAAUUAAAAAAUAUACUGAAGAGCAAUGCCCUCAUCGAACCCAAAGUCAGGUUGCAAACUGCUGGACAGCUUGUGCUAACUCUACUAACUCUUAUUGAGCUUUUUGACGAUUUUGUUUGUUUGUAGUGUCAGACUGUUGUUGGUUUUAAAGAAGUCUUCAGGGGUUUUGAUUAAAUAAUAGAAUUUACAUGAAUAUGAAAUAAAGCAAUUACUUAUUUAAGACAAAUUUUAUACCUUGAGAGACCAUACGGGUAUAUUUCUUGGACUGUAGUAAAUAAAUGAAUAUAUUCACAAUUGUUCGUUGGUG